UUCAUUCGUAAGGGAGCCGAGCGGCGCCGGGUGAGGUUCGAUUUCAUGCUUUUUUUGGACGCGUCUCUAGGGUAUUGCAAGGGCGGCUCCGCUCCGGGCUACACCUGGGAAGACGCUUCAGCAGGUUCGUUCCGUGGCUUGUUGCAGUCGUCGGCCCUCAGGAUGAAGAGGAACCUGGUCUGCUGGGCGCUCGUCGUCUUCCUCGCACUGUUGAGCCGGCACCGGGCAUGGGCGCUGGCGUGCGGGGAGCAGGAAUACUGGACCGUGGAGGGGGACUGUGCCCCCUGUGCGAAGUGUCCCCCCGGAGAGGAGCCCGAUAGGAAGUGCGGCUCUGGGCAAGGCCUAGGCGUGACCUGCCGAGCCUGCUCCCCGGGCACCUUCUCGGCCAGCCAUGGCACGGCGCCCUGCUUGCCUCAGACCACCUGUGAGGCCAGGAAGAGGGUCCACGCCAGCCCUGGGACAGCUGCAGCCGACAGCCGGUGUGGAGGCUGCAUGCCAGGGUUUUACAGCCCUGAAGGAGAGACGGACCCCACAGCUGAAUGCCUGCCAUGCUCCUCUGCUCCCAAAGGCAUGCUGGGCUGCCCAGGCGCGAAGCCGUGGCUGACCCGGCUGGCGAGGAACGUCGAGGUCCUGCACAGACGGGACGAGAGGGCAGCGUCCAAUGGCACGCGGGACGGGAAGCGGGAGGAACACGCCACGCAGUACGCCGUGCUGGCCAUCGUGCCGGUCUUCUGCGUCAUGGGGCUGCUGGGCAUCCUCUUCUGCAACCUCCUGAAGAAGAAGGGCUACCACUGCACGGCCCACAAGGAGAGCGACGAGGAGGUGGCGAAGGCGGAGAGAGGCGGUAAUAACUCAGCCUACAGAAUAGAAGAUGCCAACCAAGAUACCAUCGGGGUCCUUGUGCAGCUGAUCACGGAGAAGAAAGAGAACGCUGCGGCCCUGGAGGAGCUGCUGAAGGAGUACCACAGCAAACAGGUGGUGCAGACCAGCCACAAGCCUGCCACCAGCAGGCUGCAUUUCCUACCGCACAUCCCCCACAUCUGCCGGCACCAGCACCACCUGCACACGGUGCAGGGCCUGGCCACUCGCUCGGGCCCCAGCUGCACCCGCUGCUGCCAGAAGAAGUGGCCGGAAGUGCUGCUCUCUCCGGAAGCUGCCGCCACUGCCGCAGCCGCCGCCAUCCCCACUCCCGCCCCCAAGCCGGCAAAGCUGGGUGGCAAGGCCAGCCGGCCGGGAGAGAUCACCAUCCUCUCCGUGGGCAGGUUCCGAGUGGCUUGCAUCCCCGAGCAGAAGCCCAACCCUCCAGAAGUGAAAACCAUCUUGGAGUGCAGUGGGGCUGAGCCGGCCGACUCCCCCCGCAGCGGCCUCCCUGCUGAGCAGAAAUCGCUGGUGGGCAACGGAGCUAGGUCGAAAUGGCUGAAAACGGCCGAUAGCCAACAAGAGGUGAUCAUCUGACUCCCUCACGCACCAGGAGACCUGAGAAGCGGCUCACUUGGAGGCUUCUGGUUGAACAGUCCACCCAAGAAACGCACACCCUGGGCGAUGCUGAAGGCGAAGAGCGACACUCAUUUUCCCCUCGGGAGAGCUCCACCACCCCUGAGAAUCGCAAGGCGCAGGCCCGGGCCGGCAGGGAGGAGCUGAAGGACACGCCCAGCAUCUCAACGCAUUUUUCUUUUAGGGAAGGACUUGCAGGGAGGGGAAGCGGGUGUGGAGGGCUCGGGUGCUGGAACAAUUCAUAUAGUGGAGGUGUGAGCCAUUGAACCAAACUGUAAACCUCGCUUCAAGCCAGCAGGCGCGGCAGCACCCCUAGUUCCAGCACCUAUGGGAGGGAUGGGGGAUUCUUAGCUGCCCAACUGGAAAAACCAUGGGGGCUGUUGCUCCAGCCGAGGGCAGUGUUCUUAAACUAGGGGCUGGGGUAGAUAGAGAGAGAGAGAGGCAGCUUGUUGUUGGCUUGGAGCAUGUUCCUACCUCCCAUGGGCUCCAGGAUGAGGUGGGAACGUAGCAUUGCAACAUACCAGGCUGGGGUUGGUGGCUAGUGGUAGGGAUGGCGAGUUUGGCUUUCUCUUUUCCCCCUUCAUGAACAAAGAGAAACCCAGGGUGACUUGCAGUGAAACUCUCUGGCUGUAGACAGCCCAGCCUAAUGUUACCAAAGCUCUGUCUACUUUCACGUCCCAGUGGUGAUUGCACUAGCCCAGUAACGGCACAGCUCUGGCAGUGUGAUUUUUAACAUGUCUUGCCACAUCUGGUGUUUUUUCUUAAAGCCGCAGCUCCUGGGUCCAUGUGAUCAGAGGACACUCUCAGCUUUCAUUAACCCCCCCCCUUGCUCACCUCGCCCUAAAUUUCUAGCUCACAUGGUUGCAGAGAAAAGCUUGAAAAUGUGACCCCAAAGGCUCAGAAAUUAAAUGAAAUGAACCCAAAUUUU